AUGUGUAAGCACAUCCUAAACGCCCAAGUCUCUAUCCGCGCCCCCUGCUGCAAGCAAUGGUUUGACUGCUCCGAAUGCCACGCCGAGACACAGUCGCAUACGCUGGCGAAGACGGUGGAGAUGGUUUUCAUGUGCAAGAAGUGCAAGAAGGCGUUUAGGAAGGAUAUGAAUACGUACGAAGAGAGCGACGAGUACUGUCCACAUUGCGACAACCAUUAUGUCCUCGAGGCAAAGACACCCCAGGCUGUGCUUGGUGUGGAGGGAGAGGAUGCUCGCGUGGAUGCUCGAAUGUUAAAAGACGAUCGCGUUCAGCAGAUUAAGAAGACCUCCGUGUUCGACCUCGACGACGAAGAUUUCCUUGAUCGAUUAGGAUAG